AUAGUAAUGGAAUAUAUUUCUGGGAGUGUAGUGAAAUGGAAUGUAUGUUCAGGAACCUUGGAAAACAAAGUGAAUAUUCAGAAAGUAGUAUUAAUAAAUAUUUAAAUCAUUUAAAAGAAGAAUAUACA